GCGUGUUUUCUUCGAAGGCGGAUCCCAGGUCAGUCGCAGGCGGCACCGGAUGUGGCUCACCAAAAAGACGAGGGCCGUUCUUUUACAGGAAAUACCCUCGUCGGUGAGGAGGAUUGUUGAGGCUGCCAUUUUACCGAGCUUACGCGGGACAAAUGGGGGUCAAAGAGGUGCAGCUGACCUCCAAGUGGUACCCUGAACGCCUCCUGACCUCCCUGCAGCAGCUGAGGCUGCAGGGUCAGCUCAGUGACGUCACGGUACAGGUGGACAACCACGGGGAGGUGAAGGAGUUCAAGGCCCACCAGGUGAUGCUGGCAGCGUCCAGCAAGUACUUUAAAAACACCUUCCUCACCGAGAAGACAACGUCAAACCAAGUCACUCUUUCCAACAUCCAUUCGAAUGAGUUCGCCAAGUUCUUGGACUUUGUUUACACAGGGAAAGUGGAGGUUGCCAGAGAUAAGAUAAGUGAUGUCAAAGCAGCCGCGCUAUUUUUGGAAUGCGAUGAGCUAUAUUCAGUUUGUAGCGAGGCCAUGGGUGCUGGGAUCUUGGUAGAAAGGCUCCCAGAUUCUAUAGAUGAACCGGACUCAGUUGUUUCGACAGAAACUAACGCAGAGAAGAAAACCGUUGUCCCUUUAAAACGGCUGCAUUCUCCUAAGAGCUGCCAAACGGAGACGCUUUCCAAAAGACUGAAAUCGUCGAUGGUCACAUCGGCUCAGAAGAGAGCACCAGAGAAGGCGUCUAAAGGGAAGCUCCCUAAAGAGAAGGUCAGACGGCCGCACAUCAGUGCGGACAUGCCAGACUCUAAAAGUGACACCGAACAGAAUGAUGGCGACAACGCUGAUGAAGAUGAGAUGGAGAAACUUCCAGAGAUGAUGGACAAUCCCUCGUUGACGUCGGAAGACUCGGAGGAACUCAAGGAUGAUGGCUUUUUGAUAUCACUGGAGGAAGAGGAGGAGGAGGAGGAGGAGGAUGAGUUGGAGGAAGAGCAGAUGGGAACAACAUCGGAGAGGAUAAAGAAAAAAUCCAGGGCUGUUUUCCAGUGCAAGAAGUGCCAGCGGACCUUCCAUUAUGAGAAGAGCUACCUGAAACACAUCAGCACGUACCAUGGCGUGAAAGCCGAGGUCAUCCAUCGCUGUGAGAUCUGCCAGCAGACCUUCGCCAACAGCAGCAACUUGAAGAUCCAUGAGAAGCACGUACACAGCAGCGAGAGACAGUUCGCCUGCGAAUACUGCUCCAAGGCUUUCAAGCGAAAGAAGGACGUGGUUCGCCACGUUCGUCAGGUACAUCUACGCAACACCACGCAUCACAUCUGCACCGACUGUGGGAAGACGCUGAGCUCCAAGACGGCGCUUGUGUUGCACGAGAGAACUCACACGGGAACCAAGCCUUAUGAGUGUCUGGAGUGUUCCGCCAGAUUCACCCAGAACUCUGCCCUGAAGAUGCACCAGAGGACCCACACUGGUGAGAAGCCUUAUAGCUGUGACGAGUGCGAUGCCCGUUUUUCUCAGAAGCAUAUGCUGACCUACCACAAGCGGUCACACUCAGGGGAGAAACCCUUCAUGUGCGAGGCCUGUGGGAAAAGCUUUGCCUCUAAAGAAUACCUGCGUCACCACUCCAACAUCCACACCGGAUUCAAACCGUACAAGUGUGAGCAGUGCGGUCGAGGGUUCGCCCAGAGGAACUCCCUGCACCAGCAUUUAAAGAUACACACAGGCGAGCGACCGUACAGUUGUAAAGACUGUAACAAGCAGUUCACGCAGCUCAACGCUCUGCAGAGGCAUCACCGCAUCCACACCGGAGAGAAACCGUACAUGUGCGGGCUCUGUCUGCGCACCUUCACCGACAAAUCCACGCUCCGCAGACACACCGCAAUUCAUGAUGCUGAAACUCCCUGGAAGACCUACAUGGUGGUCCUCGAGGGGAACAUUGUGGACAAGAAGCCAGUCGUGGAUGGUCAGGAAUGGACAGACGACGCGGAGAAGAGCGAAGGGAUGAAAGGUUCUGGAGGAGCCCCCGCUGCUGGUAGUGAGAAGGAGCCACCUCAGCCGGUGACCCUGCCCUCAGACUGGGCCAACCACGGCGCCAUUGCACUGGUCAGUCACAGCAGCCUGGGUGGCAUCACCGUCAUCCAGACAGAGGUGCCGACGACCGACAGCACCGGGGCCAGAGUUAUUUCCUUAGACAGCGCCGUCCCUUUCUCCCUUCCUGCAUCUGUAGCGCAAACUGUCACCCUGAACUCCAGCUCAGCCGCUUCUCUGUCUGCCACCACCGAACCUGAACUGCCCUCGACGUCCGUCCUGGAGGCGGCAGCUUCGCAGACCAUUUUGGCUGAGUCAUCAGAAAGUGAAGUCGCUUCUGAGGUGCAGCAUUUGGAGGGGGAUAUAGAGGCUGUCGUCCUGGACGAGAGCAUUUGUACGAGAGCACAGAAGGACUCCAGACAGCGGAGGACGGAAAGUCCACCUGCUGAGGCUUAAGCUCAUGGCCAGUCUCGAGCAUAGUUACUGUUCAAACUCCUCGUUUCAUGACACGUCUGAUUGUAUUCUGUUACCAGUGGAAAAGUCUUGAGUUUUGUCUAUUGCAUUUUGUUUUUGUGAUGCUUAGCCGCUGCCAUUUAUCAAUAAAAUAACAUUUGUGAAAACCAAAAAGUAGUUC